AUGGCUUCGUAUUUAGUUACCGGCUCAUCGCGCGGUCUAGGUUUGGCACUUGUCUCCCACCUGGCAUCGUUGCCCGAAGCCGAAGUCGCAACUAUCAUCGCCACCGCGCGGCAAGAUAACUCGACUCAGCUCAAAAAUAUUGUGAGCGCAUCGCCGGGACGGAUUAAGUUUGUUAAAUUGGACGUGACCGAUAAGACCAGCGUCGAGGAGGCCGUUAAGUCGAUUGAGCACAAACUACAAGGCAAGGGACUUGACUAUCUUAUUAACAAUGCUGGUGUGACGGAUUGGACGAAGGAUCGACUGGAGGGGAUGGACAAUCUGAAUGAGAUUUUCAACACGAAUGUCACUUCAGUCCAUGAGGUGACGCGGGCCUUUAUGCCUCUUCUUCGUAGAGGGCAGAAGAAGAUUGUCAUCAAUAUUUCGACUACUGUAGGCUCUAUUGCCAUGACUAAAGUUUACGCAGAGGUACCAUGCCCUGCCUAUAAGAUUUCCAAGGCGGCUUUGAACAUGAUGACUGUUCAAUAUGCCCAACAAUAUGCGGAGGAAGGCUUUACCUUCCUCGCUGUUAGUCCUGGCUGGCUACGUACCGAUCUCGGUAGCUCUUACGCAGAUCUCCCUGUAGAAACUGGCGCCGAAAAGGUGAUGGAUAUCGUACAGAAGGCAAACACCGAGCAGAACGGAAAGUAUUUGACCAUCCAUGUUCCGGGAUGGGAGUAUGCAGAAGGGAUCAACCAAUAUCCUGGAGGCGAGGUUCCUUGGUAG